UACGUAACCCGUGCUCGCGAUUCACGUGAGACUUUACUUCACCCUUCUCCAGCUUCACUUCACUUCACCCCUUACAACACGUGUUUGCGCCCCACUGAUCACGUGUGUGACUUUUGCUGCGCAACUUCACCGCACCACCAACGGCACGACACCCUCCCAUAAAUUGAGCACGAUCUUCCUCUUCCCUUCUUUACCACCAAUACCGCAAUCGACCAAGACCCUCCACAGCAACGAGUGACAUCCCGAACAAGCACCAGCACAAUGCCUAUGAUCUGGAAUGCAGAGGCGGACGCCAAACUCAUGGCGCACAUCCUGCAAGCCUGCGACGCCAAGCUCAGCGGGGCGCAGAUGAAGGAGAUCGCGACGCUCAUGGGGCCAGAGUGCACGCCCAAGGCUAUUGCGCAUCGCAUGACGUUCUUCCGCAAGAUGGCUGGGGGUGGGGGGACUACGAAGACUGGUGAUGCUCCCAAGGGGCGUGGCGGAGGGAAAGGCAGGAAGGGGCGCAAGGGCGGGGAGGAGAAGGGGGGUGAUGCAUCGCCUGAGGCUGGAGAGGAAGACGACGAAGCGGGGUCUGGAGAGCAUUUGGGAACUGCUGCGAAGACGGUGACGGGGAAGCGUGGCCGUGAGGCUGAGGAUGGUGAGGAGGGGGAUGUGGACGACGCCGUUCACGAGGGGAAGAAGAUCAAGGUGGAGGUUGGGGAGGAGGAGGGUGACAUUGAAUACGAUUGAGAUGCAGUACGACCGCAUUCUCGCAGGAGUCGGUUCCACAGCUGCAAUCUGGCUCAGCAAACAAAAGCAGAAGUUGGAAGAGAAAUAGCAACACCUGGCAGCAGGGUAGGGAACAGGCAUGAGCAUCGGCUCCACCAGGACACACUAUGCAAUAUAAUCUCUCCGCGUUUCAAGACA